CAAUAUGGAGGAUGAAGUGUACCAACGUAAACUCAAAUCUAAUCUGAAGCAGAAGUUUGAAUGUGUGUUUGAGGGGAUUGCCAAAGCAGGAAACCCAACUCUUCUGAACCAGAUCUACACAGAGCUGUACAUCACAGAGGGAGAGAGUCUAAAGGUCAAUGAUGAACAUGAAGUCAGACAGAUUGAAACAGCAUCCAGGAAACCAGCAGGAACAGAAACACUGAUAAAAUCUGAAGACAUCUUUAAACCUUUACCUGGAAAAGAUAAGCCAAUCAGAACACUGAUGACAAAGGGAGUGGCUGGCAUUGGGAAAACAGUUUUAACACAGAAGUUCACUCUGGACUGGGCUGAAGAUAAAGCCAAUAAGCACAUAGAGUUCACCUUUCCAUUCACUUUCAGAGAGCUGAAUCUGCUGAAAGAGAAAAAGUUCAGCUUGGUGGAACUUCUUCAUCACUUCUUCACUGAGACCAAAGAAGCAGGAAUCAGAAAGUUUGAGCAGUUCCAGGUUGUGUUGAUCUUUGACGGUCUGGAUGAGUGUCGACUUCCUCUGGACUUCAAGAACAACCAGAUCCUGACUGAUGUUACAGAGUCCACCUCAGUGGACGUUCUGCUGACAAACCUCAUCAAGGGGAAACUGCUUCCCUCUGCUCACCUCUGGAUAACCACACGACCCGCAGCAGCCAAUCAGGUCCCUCCUGAGUGUGUUGACAUGGUGACAGAGGUGAGAGGUUUCACUGACCCACAGAAGGAGGAAUACUUCAGGAAGAGAUUCAGAGAUGAGGAGCAGGCCAGCAGAAUCAUCUCCCACAUCAAGAUGUCACGAAGCAUCCACAUCAUGUGCCACAUCCCAGUCUUCUGCUGGAUCACUGCUACAGUUCUGGAGGACGUGUUGAAAACCAGUGAGGGAGGAGACCUGCCCAAGACCCUGACUGAGAUGUACAUCCACUUCCAGCUGGUUCAGUCCAAACAAGGGAACGUCAAGUAUCACAGCAGAGCUGAGACAGAUCCACUGUGGACUCCAGAGACCAGGAAGAUGAUCCUGUCUCUGGGAAAACUGGCUUUUGAGCAGCUGGAGAAAGGCAACCUGAUCUUCUAUGAAGCAGACCUGGCAGAGUGUGGCCUUGAUAUCAGAGCAGCCUCAGUGUACUCAGGAGUGUUCACACAGAUCUUCAAAGAGGAGCGUGGGCUGUACCAGGACAAGGUUUUCUGCUUCGUCCAUCUGAGCCUUCAGGAGUUUCUGGCUGCUCUUUAUGUCUUUCUGACUUUCACCAACUCUGGAGUCAAUAUGCUGACAGAGCAACAAUCAGCCUCCUGGUGGUCUACAUUGUUCAACAAGAAAUCUAAUUUAAAACUCCUCCUCCAGAGUGCUGUGGACAAGGCCUUACAGAGUCCAAAUGGACACCUGGACUUGUUUCUCCGCUUCCUCCUGGGUCUUUCAAUGGAGACCAACCAGCAUCUCCUACGAGGUCUGCCGACACAGGCAGGAAGUAGCUCACAGACCAACCAGGAAACAGUCCAGUACAUCAAGGAGAAGAUCAGAGAGAAUCCCUCUCCAGAGAGAAGCAUCAACCUGUUCUACUGUCUGAAUGAGCUGAAUGACAAUUCUCUAGUGGAGGAGAUCCAACAGCACCUGAGUUCAGGACGUCUCUCCAGAGUGAGACUCUCUCCUGCUCAGUGGUCAGCUCUGGUCUUCAUGUUGCUGUCAUCAGAAGAAAAACUGGAUGUGUUUGACCUGAAGAAGUACUCUGCUUCUGAGGAGGCUUUUAUGAAACUGCUGCCAGUGGUUGAAGUCUCCAAAACAUCUCUGUAA